AUGAGCGCACCCAACGACACUAACGGCGACGCUGGGUGGAAGGCAAAUGGCAGACCUCAAUCGACCCUUGCUCGCGACUUCUCUGCUACCCUGGACGACUUGUUCAAGUUGAACGGCGUUGGAGCAUUAGAGGAAUCGGUCGAACAAAAGAAGGACACACUCCAGUCCCAGCGCUAUCAACUCGAAAACCUCGAUGCCAAGUUGCGCGAGACCGACGAAAAACUGAGGACACUCGAGUCGAAGCACCACCGCCAUGUUGAGAUCUCGAGCACCUCGCGAAGACGACCAGUCUCUUCAAUCUUUCCUGGCGAAAAUGAUGCCGAUUAUAGCAGCGGAGACAGCGAUGCACAGAAAUCCUCGCCAGCGCGGGAAGUAGAGUCA